UUCUUAUCACCAGCUCCCCCUGCUGUUAGGUUUUGUAAUCGCAUAAGCAUUUUGUCGGAUGCUAACAUGCUAACAACAACAUCAAGUUAGCCUGUUUACUCAUCGCUUAACAUGACGCGUUCACGAAGACUUUUAACGAGGAUUGUUUUCUCUUUAUUCCUGUGGAAAUCCGUGGCAUGUAUUCCUUAUUGUGCAGUGAAAUGGCAGAAGCCAGUAUUUCAGUGUCUAAGGACGAGUUCAGCUGUUCGGUGUGUCUGCAAUUACUAAACGAUCCGGUGACUAUUCCCUGUGGACAUAAUUAUUGUAUGAGAUGUAUCUCAAAGUACUGGGAUCAGAAGGGAGUCCACAGCUGCCCUCAGUGCAGAAAGAGCUUCAGUCCAAGACCUGAUCUGAAUAAAAACACUGUUAUAGCUGGAAUGGUGGAGAAACUGAAGAAGACUAGAAAAGCUAUUCCUGCUCACUCUCAUCCUGGACCUGGGGAUACUGGAAAAAAACACAAAGCCAUCAAUCUGGGAUGUCAAAACUCUGACGGUCAAAAUAAUUUCGAGCAACAUGAAGAAUUUAACUUGGGUAAGCGGCACAAGGUGACUGAUGGCACCGGACAACUUCAACAAAUGAUCUGCCCUCAACAUGGUCAAAUUCUGGAUAUUAACUGUACUGAUCAACACGGUGUGUGUCAUCUGUGUAAACUAAAGGAGACUCAGAAAAAAUACCAGCAGAAAAUCCAGAUGAGACAGAAGCAGAUUCAGGAGUUACGAGCGUGUGUGGAGUCUCACAAGCGCUCUGCACAGACGGCAGUGGAGGAUUGUGAGAUUAUGUUUACUGAGCUGAUCUCAUCUAUUGAAAAAAGCCGCUCUGAGGUGUCACAGCUGAUCAGAGAUCAGGAAAAUGCUGCAGUGAGUCAAACUGAAGGACUUUUGGAUCAGCUAGAGAAGGAGAUUGAUGAUCUGAGGAGAAGAGAUGAUGAGCUGGAGCAGCUUUCAAACACAAAUUAUGACAUUAAUUUUCUGCAGAAAUUCCAGUCGAUUUCUGCUCCUCCUGAAUCUCCAGACUCAUCCAGCAUCACUGUCAUGUCUCUCUCUUUUGAUGAUGUUGGAAAAUCUGUAUCUCAUCUGAGAGACAAACUGGAGCGUUUCUGCAGAGAAGAGCUAGAAAAGAUUUCUGAUAGAGUGAAAUACACAGAGAUUACUCUCUGCCCUGAACCCAAGACCAGGAAUGAGUUUCUUCCAUAUUAUCAUCGGCUGACACUGGAUCCAAACACAGUGAAUGAACGUUUACAACUUUCUGAGGAAAACCGAGUAGUUGCAUACAUUAGCAAUGUCUGUCAGUAUCCUGAUCAUCCGGACAGAUUUCAUCCUUUACUUCAGGUGUUGUGUAGAGAGAUUGUGUGUGAACGCUGUUACUGGGAGGUUGAGUGGAGUAAUAAGGUGAGUAUAUCAGUGUCAUAUAAGAGCAUCGGUAGGAAGGGACGCGUUCAUGAGUCUGAGUUUGGAUUAAAUGAUCAAUCGUGGAGUUUGUUCUGUUCUGACUCCAGUUACUCAUUCACACACAAUAAAAUCAAGACUGAACUCCCUGUAGUGUCCAGAUGUUGUAAAGUAGGAGUGUAUGUGGAUCACAGCAGAGGAACUUUGUCCUUCUACAAUGUUUCAGACUCAAUGACUCUCAUCCACAGCGUCCAGACCACAUUCACUCAACCUCUUUAUCCAGGGUUUAAAAUUCAUUUAAAGUCUAAAGUGAAAAUCUGUUAUUAAACUGUAAUGUAGAUUGUAUAUAGCUUAAAAGCAUAGUGAUACUGCUAAGAGUGCACCAAUACUAUUUUUGUAAAGAGUGAGUACAAGUAACAAUAUUUUCUUUCUGGUGUUUAUCGAUAUAGAUACAUGUACAUUUUGUAUUACUAACAGACUAAUGCCAGCUUCUUUAUAAAUAUGAACAAUUGUAACUGAAAAGACAUGAUGUAUAAUAAAAUAAAAAUAUCUGCGUACCACAAA